UAAAAAAUUCUAAUCCAAUUUUGGGUUAGUUUACGUUAUGAAAACUAUUAAAUCCUAUUAACCUCCCCCGGUUGGAAACCCUAAAAACGCAACCCUAUAAAAGCCUGGGAGCUACGGAUUAAGUUUCACUUCUGACGGAAGUAACACACAUCAGUGCUUUAGUGCAGCUAUCAAGCGCUUCUUCUACCCGAAUUUUCGAACCCUUCGUCCGGUUUUUCUUCAAUGGUGGUUGCAGUCAAGGUAUUCAAGAAGACCACCCCUAAUGGUAAAGUCACCGUCUACUUAGGCAAACGAGAUUUCAUCGACCACCUCGACCACACCGACCCCAUAGAUGGAGUCGUGGUACUUGAAGAUGGAUACCUACAGGGUCGCCGGGUGUUCUGCUCGGUGGUCACUGUCUACCGCUAUGGUCGCGAGGAGGACGAAGUCAUGGGAGUCAAGUUCAGCAAAGAAAUGACCGUCGCGACCCAGCAAGUAGCACCAUCGAAACGCGAAAAAGGCGAACCUCUGACUCCUAUCCAAGAUAAACUGAUAAAGAAAAUGGGACCAAAUGCCUUUCCUUUCACGUUCCACUUUCCUGAUAUGUCUCCGUGCUCUGUAACUUUGCAACCUGGAGAGGAUGACCAAGGAAAACCGCUUGGGGUUGAGUACUACGUUAAAUGUUGGGUGGGGAAUAACGAGGAUGAUAAGGGGCAUAAGAGGAGCACUGUUCAGUUGGCCAUCAAGAAAUUGCAAUUUGCCCCAGCAGCUCGUACUGGUACUCGCCUCCCAUCAUCUCUGGUCUCCAAAGGGUUCACUUUCUCCAGUGGAAAGAUCAACCUGGAAGUCACCCUGGAUAAGGACAUUUACUACCAUGGAGAAAAAAUCGGUGCUAACAUCAUGAUCAGCAACAACUCUAGAAAGCAAGUGAGGAACAUCAAAGUUUACGUUGUCCAGCAUUGUGAGGUUACCAUGGUCAAUGCUCAGUUCUCAAAAUACGUGGCUAGCUUGGAAACUCGUGAAGGUUGCCCAAUUACACCUGGAGCUAGUUUCACUAAGGUGGUAUAUCUUGUACCUUUGGCCUCUUCUAAUAAGGAUAGACGUGGAGUGGCUCUGGAUGGUAGACUCAGGGAUGAUGAUGUUAAUUUGGCGAGUUCUACUUUGGUUCCAGAAGGUAAAUGCCCCAUCGACGCUAUUGGUAUCGUGAUCUCUUACUCCUUGAGGGUGAAGCUGAACUGCGGAACCUUGGGAGGGGAGUUAGUUACUGACGUACCGUUUAAGCUUCUUCACCCUGCCCCCGGAAGCAUCGAAAAGGAAAAGUCUAAUGCUCUUAAGAAGAGUAAAUCUAUUGAAAGAGGACGUUACGAAAACGACGAUGACGACAACAUCGUGUUCGAGGACUUCGCGCGUUUCCGUAUGUCACGUGACGAAGUCGAAUAAUUCGCCCGAUCAAUCACGAAAACCCACUGAAUGACCGUCGAGAAUGCCCGAACGGAUCUAUAUAUAUAAUGACUUAGGCGAAGGACAUGGAUGACGAUUAAUUUGCUAAAUAGUUCUACUAUAUAGUUGUAGAUAGAAAAACAGCAUAAAAGCAGGGUUUAUUUUUUUAUCUCUAUUUCUAUAUAAUAUAUUAUUAAGAUGCAAAAACUAAAUAUAUAGUCAGAUAAUACCAAAAAAAAAUAUCCAAAAAAAUGUUUGGUAUCAAUAGCAAAUGAAUUUCUUCAUGAACAUCUGAACAUAUGCCACCAUUUGCAGUUGAUGCUGAAUAUCUUUUUCACUUAAAUUAGUUGGGCAUUCAAACGGUUAUUCGUGGAGUUUCUUAUAAGACUAAUGCAGAUGUUUUAGGGGAUUCUGGGUGGAGAACUUCUAAAAAAAAUAUUAAAAAAAAAAAAACAAAAAAAAAGUGAAAAACUACAUAACAAAAAUGAAAAUAAGAAAUGAACAACAACUGCUUCAGACAAACAAAAGUUCUUCCGCCAGAAGUGAUCACUAUAUAAUUGUAAAUGCUAUUGUUUUAGUUCGUUCUUUCAGUUUUUGAAAAAGAAAUUACUUCGCUAUGGAACCUUCUAGUUGGUUUUUAGACUUUCGUAGGUGUUUAUUGUGCAAAUAAAAAAUAAAGUUAAAAAGA